AUGAUAAACGCUUUGAGACGAGAAUGUGACAAAGAUGAAGAGAAAGAGAACGAUCGACGGCCCUACUCGUUUCCCUAUCCACCCUAUGAGAUUCAGAUGAGGCUAAUGAACGAAAUUAAUGAGUGUAUUGAGAGAAAACAGGUAGGAAUCUUCGAAUCUCCGACGGGCACUGGGAAAUCGCUCUCCGUGCUAUGCUCGACGUUGACGUGGUUGGAGAAGAACGCGGAGAAAGAAAAACGAGAGUUGAAACGAAUCAUCGAUGAAACAAAGGAAAAAGGAGUGAAAGAAGAAAAAGCGGUUAACGAUUGGAUCGCGGAACACAAGAAGAAGUUGGCCAACAACAAAGAAGUGGAUGAGGCGAAAGAUCGUUUGGAGGUGCUGAGAUUGAUCGACGAGCGGCUGAAACAAGCGCGACAAUCGAAAGACGAGGAACAAACAUCGAGAAAACGAAAAGGAAAUUGGAAAGAAUCGACAAAAGAAGAUGCAGAUGCGGAUUUACUGCCAGAAAAGGAAGAAGAUGAAUGUGCUCCAGCAGAUGACUACGAUUCGGAUGAUGAUGCCUCGAAAUCGAAAAAGGAUGACGAUGAAGUGACAGCGUUAAAAGUGACAAAGAUCUUCUACGCAAGCCGCACUCACUCUCAAUUGGAACAACUCGUGCAAGAAGUGAAGAAAACAAGAUUUCAACCGCGUAUCGUCAUCGGCGCCUCUCGACAAACGCUAUGUGUGAAUGAAGAUGUGAGAAAAUUGACGUCGACAAGUUUAAUCAAUGAGAGAUGUCAAGAAUUGAGAAACAAUCACAAGGAAACCAGUCACAAGAGGAAACCGGGAGAAAAGAAGUCCUGUGGUGCGAAAACGUGUCAAUUCUACAAGUCGGACAACAUUGAGGAUGUGACAAAUGGGAUCUUAACUGGAUGUGAUACGAAUCCCUCGGCGGUGAUCGCGAAAGCAAAGCAACUGGAAGGAUGUGCGUAUUUUGGCUCGAGAAAAGCGAUUCCUCUUUGCGAGAUUGUUUUGCUACCAUAUCAGGUGAUCCUUCACGAAUUCACGCGCAACUCCUGGGAAGUUGACUUAAACGACAACAUUUUGGUGCUCGACGAGGCGCACAAUGUGCUCAACACGAUUACUUCUGUGAACAGUUCGGAACUCUCGGUGAAUGCGUUGACAUUAUCCCUUGAAUUGGUGCGAAGCUAUGUCGAUUUCUACAAGACGAGACUCAAGGCGAAGAAUUUGCUCUACAUGCGGAUGUUGCUUAUGCUUCUCUCACGUUUACAACUCUACUUCACCAAGUUGCCCGCCGAAUUUCAAGAAGUUUCGACGAUUCAAGGGUUCUUCAUCAAAGCAAAUCUCACCGAAGUGAAUGUGCACAAAUUGUCGACUUAUCUGAAGGGAUCGUUCAUUUGUCGGAAAUUACACGGAUAUAGCUUUAGACUUGCAAAUCGAAAACUCAAAGAGGAGACAACGCCAAAAACGACGGGAAUUCAACGGUUGCUAGCAAAACCGAAGAAUGAAACAAAUUUGAAAGUGGAAGAAUCGGCCGCGGCGGCUCCAUCAAAAUCAGCCCCAUCUUCUCUCCAAAUGGCCGCUUCAAUUUACGUGAUUCAGUCGUUUAUCGAUGCAUUGACGAACAAAUGCGAUGAUGCUCGAGUGAUCGUUGUGAAGACAAAAACUGAGUCGAAAUUCCGCUUCAUUCUGCUUAACCCCGGAUCAAAGUUGAUGGAUGUGCUCAAGCAACCGCGGGCCACGAUUCUCAUUGGUGGCACAAUGGAACCGUCAUCGUUUCUUGUGGAUUCUCUCGUCUCUUCUGGCCUCUCUCCAUCAUCAAUUCGUCGUUUUUCGUGCUCUCAUGUGAUCGACGACAAUCAAUUGGGAGUUCUGGCGAUCGAUAAGUGCCCAGAUGGUCGACCUUUGCAAAUCACCUUCGAAACGCGCUCGGAUCCUCGUUUGAUACACUCGAUAGGGGAAAUGAUUGCACAAUUGAUAUCAAAAGUGCCAAAUGGUUGUGUGAUUUUCUUUCCCAGCUACGACUACUUAGACUUUUUCGUUGAGCAAUCAAGGAAGAACGGGAAUUUACAGAAAAUACAGAAGCUAAAGGACUUGUUCACCGAGAGCCGAGCCUCGUCGAAUGAUCUUUUGACGAGAUAUUCGGAGAAAGCUGUCCAGGAAAGAGGCGCCUUACUGUGUGCGGUGAUUGGUGGAAAACUCUCAGAAGGAAUAAACUUCUCGGACUCACUGGGACGAGCCGUUUUCAUCAUCGGCAUGCCCUAUCCGAACAAAAAUAGUCCCGAGUUGAAGGAACGAAUGAGGUUUGCCGAAUCACAGCGUGCCGGGAGUGCGAGUCGUCUCUACGAAUCGCUUUGUAUGCACUCGGUGAAUCAAGCUGUUGGCCGAGCGAUUCGCCAUCGACACGACUACGCGAUGAUCUUCUUUUUUGAUGCGAGAUAUUCAACGCAAAAUGUCUCCGCUCAAUUGUCUGCUUGGAUUGGGUCAAGAGACACCACUUUCCCGCAGAAUCAGAUUGCCCAGUGGCUUCAACGAAGUCUCAGCGCUGAGCCGAGGCGACAACCGAAUCUUCUGCUGACGGAUUUCCCGUCAUCUUCAAACUCCACGCUGUCACUGGGACUCGUUGACGGAGUCACGACUGAGUCUACAGGCGGUGAAUGCGUUGUUUGUGGAGACAAAUCAAGUGGAAAGCAUUACGGGCAAAACUCGUGCGAAGGAUGCAAAUCGUUUUUCAAGAGAUCAAUCCGUCGAUCCCUCUCCUACACAUGUCGGGGUCAAAAGAAUUGCCCAGUUGACAUCAAUCACCGAAAUCAAUGCCAAUAUUGUCGAUUGAGGAAAUGCGUGCGGAUGGGGAUGAGAAAAGAAGAACGAGUCUCCUUGUUGACCUCGGUGCAACGAAGCUCCGUCCCAUCCAACGGAAAUCUAUUCAACAUUUUACCGCCAUUAUUCCCGGGUGCAGUGUCGAUUUUCACGGUGUUAAUGGGCAACAUGGUGCUUCUUGCUGAUACGACGAAAGCGUUUCCCAUCGAGACGAAUCAAGACGUUUUUGUGGUCAUGGAUUACGCGUCAAUUCUCGGCACACUCAUCAACCUCUUCGGCCUCUACGUCAUCACUUUCCACACACCGAACAGUAUGAGAACCUAUGGGCAAGCACUGUGCGCAUAUCAAAUUCUCUCCUUGAUCACUGAUGCAUUGGUGGGAUCGGCGCUGGCGCCGUACUUCAUUUUCCCAGUGCCCGGCGGUCUUCCAAUGGGAUGGCUAUGGAAAUUCGGCGUUUCGACACGAUUGCAGAUUGCUCUUGGUUUCAUCUUUGGUGGCCACAUGGUUUCACUGAUCAUGACAAUGUUUUUGAUUCGACAUCAGACAAUCAUGCCGGAGGGACAUUUCAUGAAAAUCUCGCCACAAUUCGUCACUCCAAUCUACAUCAUACUCCAAUUCUGGCCAUAUCUUCACAUGGGUGGCCUCUUUGUCUACAUUUUCUACAAUGAUGACGACCAAGCGACAAGAGCUUUUUAUCUAAAAACAUAUCCAAUAUUCGAACAAUUCAUCAAAAUCGAUCGUUUUUAUGCUUUCGCGCCGGGAAAGGGUUUUAUUUUUGCGGUAAAUAUUUCUGCGUGGACAGCUGUUUUGACGGUUUUGAUUGGAGCUCUUGCACCAUUUGGUGUCUUUUGCAUCGCCGAACACGGUCUCCUUUCAACGAUCGUCACUUUGGCCCUCUAUCGACCAUACUAUGCCUAUAUUGAGCAAAUCGUUUGGGAUUUUCUCGCAAAAGUCUUCCCGUGCCUUUUUGAGCCUCGAGUCUUCUCGACAGCUGAAGCAACGACUAUCGUUGUGUUAUCAAAAGCGAGAGCGGGAAAGAUUCGACGAUUCUCGUUAGCAGCCCGUUUAGCCGUCACUGGUCACUCAAAUAUCACGAAUCUCUCAAGGAUUGCUAGCAGUCUUGGA